AUGUUGGACUCUGGAAAGCCUCUGGUACCUAUAUAUGCCAUCAAGUAUAGAGAUGGAAAAUCUAAAAAGCCAUUUGGUCGUUUGUGGUGGGAUGAGAUUGUUAACACGGUCGUGACAAGAGCAGAACCUCACAACCAGCGUAUACUUCACCCGAUCCAAGACCGAGUCCUCUCGGUCCGCGAAAAUGCAAGAAUACAAGGAUUUCCUGAUUGCUAUAGGCUACAUGGCCCUGAUAAGCAAAAGUACAUUCAGGUUGGGAAUGCUGUAGCCGUUCCGGUCGGGGUUGCCUUAGGAUAUGCGUAUGGGAUGGCGAGUCAAAGGCUGUGUGAUGAUAAGCCUGUCAUAGAGUACCCUUUCAGUUAUCCUGAAUGUCUCGAGAGAAAGAUAGAUUCAUCAGCUUCUUGA